UUGAUUGACGAAACGAUUACACAUUGCACUUUUACGACAUUAUUCACGUUUCACUCAAAAAGUCGUCGGUAUGAAGUUUUUUUUGUUCGUUGUAAUAGAAAAAAUUAGACAUAAUAUCUUUAUCUAACCUUCGACUGACCGGCCGUCAUAUACGUACUCAUUGUCUGUACAGAUUACAGACUACAGAAUACAGACUACAGAUUACAGACUACAUUGUACAGACUACAGAAUAASUACGACAGUUCAGCGGUCGAACCGGCCAUUUUCUAUAAYCCUUUUAAAAGUCGGUCAAUUUUUAUAACUAGAUCAUUCGGCUGUCCUACAGUUUUCGCCAUCGUCGUUUGCCAUUCGAGCAUUCUUUGUCAACUCGCGGGUCCAAAAUAAAUUUAAUUUGGAUAUUGAAGAUUAAUUCAAGAUGGCACCUAAAUCAAUAUUGGUUCAAAAUCGAAAGAAGUCUUCUAAGAAUAACAUCUAUAUCAAAAAACUUAAUCAAGCUUUGGCAAUCAAUAAUAGUUUACGUAAGCGUAUUGAUGAGUUAUCAGAGCAAAAUAAACAAUUAUCAACCACUAGGAAUAACUUAUCAUUGGAGAAAUUGUCGUUACAAACUGAAAAUAACUCUAUUAGAAAUUCUAAUAUUCAACUGACUGCAAUGCAUCAUAUAAUGAAUAAAAAAAUUUGUGCAUUAGAACAAACUAUUCAAAGCUGUAUACCUGCAUUAGUAACUAUGUCGCAAUGUAUCCCAUCUAUGUUAGAAAAUGUACACGAAAUGAGUAAGUUUGAAAUCAAAGACUUUAACAAGGAAAAGAAAGAAAAACAAACAAAAACUGUCAGACCUAUGAUUAAUGGUCAUACCAUCACUCAACCAGCUGUUUCAAUUAGAAGAUUUGAUAUGUCACCUAUCAUUGAAAGUCCUAGAAAUCCUAGUACUGAACAAACACGGCAUAGUACUGAACAAACGCGGCAUAGUACUGAACAAACGCGGCAUAGUACUGAACAAACGCGGCAUAGUACUGAACAAACGCGGCAUAGUACUGAUCAAACGCGGCAUAGUACUGAAGAAACACGACAUACUACUGAACAAAUGCGGCUUAGUACUGAACAAACGCGGCUUAGUACUGAAGAAACGCGGCAUACUAUUGAACAACCACAGCUUAGUACUGAACAAGCACGGCAUAGUACUGAACAACCACGGCAUAGUACUGAAAUAGCGCGUCAUAGUACGGAACUAGCGCGGCGUAGUACUGAACUAACUCCAAAAAGACCAAGAAAACUAAGUUAUCGAAGUUCACCACAAUGCAAACUUAAUAUGGAACCAUAUGUAAGAUUAAAAGAUGUUGCAGCCAUGUUAAAAAACUCCAAAGCUGUUCCUAAUGAAGAAGGUCCUCAACGUCGACUAAAUGAAAGUUUAGGUGAAGGUCCUAGUUGGUUGCAUACUCCAGAAAAUCAAACACAAAUUUCUAACAACAGUACUGAUGUAAUAGAAAGUGUUCAAAGUACUCCUAGUUCAACGACAGUCAAUGAAGUUCAAGCUGAUGUGACAACAAUUGCUUCUACUUCAACUGGUAAUAUGGAUAAUACAUUUGGCGGAACUGAAGAACAUCGCAGUGAUUUGAUAUCUUCUAUCGAUUCAAGUUUGAUGAGAAACGUAACAUGCCGAAAACGUACUAUACGAUCAAGUGAAUCAAGCAGUUCGUCAGAUAUUGACGAUUCAACUUCUUCAUCAAGACCUAGUAGAUCUGCCAAAAAGAAUAUCAAUUAUAAAGAAAAGAGCCUGGGCGGUAAACUUAGAAGAUAAUUAUUUUAAGUAUCAUAAAACCUAUUAAGAAAUUGUUUAUGACAUUUAAUUGUGUGUAUUAUACUAUUAAAUGUAAUUUUUCAUUUUUUCAUUAUUAGUCAACAUCAGAUAUUUUAAAACUAA